UACAGUUUAUUUUCUAAUCUAGAGAAUUCGACCUUUUUAUCUGUUUCAAUUACGUUAGAUAAUUAACAUUGCGGUAUGUGCAUAAAUAAACACUUUUGUGUUAUUAAUCUAAUUGGACAUCUGUUAUUCGGAUUACCUAGUAGAGAAAUAUAACGGUUGAAAGAUUUUAAAUAAUGUGCAGCGGAAUAAAAUGUUAUAGUUGUGUUUUAAAACCGGUUUCAUAUGGUAAUAAAAUAUGCGGGAUGUGUUUUAACGAUCGUUCGUCUUUGAAUGUUCGCUAUUUAUUUAUUUUAGAGGAAACCGAUUGAAAAAAAUAUGUUGCAAAAUGCUCGAAUUAAUCGCAGGUAAGGGAAUUUAACGAAAAAAACAAGAUGGCCGGCAGGAAAUCGGGCGCCAAACACGACGAGCACAGCGUCGAAACGCUAGCAGAAGUCUUCAGAUGUUUCAUAUGCAUGGAAAAACUUCGAGACGCCCAUUUAUGUCCCCACUGUUCGAAGCUCUGCUGCUACGUGUGCAUCCGCCGAUGGCUCACCGAACAACGUUCCCAAUGUCCCCACUGCAGGGCUUCCCUGCACCUGCACGAGCUCGUCAAUUGCCGAUGGGUCGAGGAGGUCACCCAGCAACUCGACACCCUGCAAACCGUCAAUCUCGCCACCGGUCGCAACGAAGACGACAAGGACAAAUGCUCGACGCAUCUGGAGAAGCUGUCGGUGUACUGUUGGACGUGCAAGUGCUGCAUCUGUCACCAGUGCGCCCUGUGGGGCGGCACCCAUUCGGGUCACACCUUCAAACCGCUCGACGAGGUGUUCGAACAGCACGUGGCCAAAAUCAAGGAGGAGAUCGUCCUGUUGCGUCGCAGACUGAUGGAAUUGAUCAGCAUCGUGCAAGAGGUUGAGAGAAACGUGGAAUCGGUGCGAUCGGCCAAAGACGAUCGCGUGCUGGAGAUCCGGAACGCCGUCAAAGUGAUGAUAGCCCGCUUGGAUUCCCAGUUAAAAACCAAACUACUCACGUUGAUGGGACAGAAGGAUUCGCUCACGCAGGAGACUGAACAGCUCGAGCAUCUGUUGCACGAGAUCGAGCACCAGUUGCACGCUUGCACCAGAUCGGAGUUGAUAUCGAAGAGCGCCGACAUCUCCGCGAUGAUACACGGCGUGCGCAAGAAGCCGAUGAGCAGUUUCGUGACAGCCCCCGUACCGGCAGAUUUCCCCAGCGAAAUCGUGCCCCCCUACGAUUGUAGCACGUUCAUCGUGCACGGGUUCUCGCUGUUGCAACGCAAAGCGGAUCCGAUCUAUUCGACGCCGUUGCACUGCAACGGUCUGUGCUGGCGAUUGAAGGUCUAUCCCGAUGGAAAUGGAGUGGUUAGAGGUAACUAUCUGUCGGUGUUUCUCGAACUGAGCGCCGGCUAUCCGGAGACGUCGAAGUACGAGUACCGAGUUGAAAUGGUGCAUCAGGCGAGCGUCGAUUCGACGAAGAACAUCGUGCGAGAGUUUGCAUCCGAUUUCGAAGUUGGGGAAUGUUGGGGCUACAAUCGUUUCUUUCGCUUGGACGUGUUGGCGAGCGAGGGGUAUUUAAACGAAUCGAUGGAUACGUUGGUGUUGAAGUUUCAAGUGAGAGCUCCCACGUUCUAUCAACGUUGCAGGGACCAGCAGUGGUACAUCAAUCAAUUGGAGACCGUCCAGCACCAGUACAUCGAGCAAAUCAACGAAUCGAAGGAAUCGUUGGCGGCCGAGAUAUCGCGCAACGCCAUGGCGGCGAGCGUGAGAAGGAAACCCAACGAUAUAGCGAAUUUAGCUCUAGUGAAAUCUCUGUUACCUAUACGAGACGACUCGCCGUCGACAUCUCGCGAGACCAUCGAUAAACUAGCGAACAAACCGAAGACCACCAGCUCUUCUAAGAGCUCCCCGUGCUCUUGUUCCAAGGCGAAGCCUUCGCACAAGGUCCAGCAGCAGCAGCAGCACUCGCCCCAUCGGCUCGGCCUCGGCGUCUCGCUCAGCUCGCCCGAUUUGCUGCACACGGCCGUCUCGACGCUGGCGUUGUCGAGCGCCAGCAGCGUCGCCAGCGACAGCGACGCCAGCGAAGCGGAGCAAUACGAACCGCCCGAAGCGGCGUUUAACGACGAAAACGACGUCGACGUCGAGACGAUGUCGGGCGAGAACGACGUGGAAUACGCCGAGCUGUCGAUGGCUCAAAGGACGAUCGCUAGAGAACCCAGUUCGGCGGAUAGUAGCGUGGUGGGAGCCGCAGCUCUGUCGCCUGUUGAGGUCGCGAGCGAUUUGGACGAGAGGUUGAGGUUGUUUCGGUUCUGCGAGAGUCCCGUGUUGAAUAAUUCCAGCGAGGAGGCUUCGGGUGAUCUGCUGGUGGAUUCUUCUACUACUAGUUUGUUGCCUAAUCGGUUCGAUGCUUCUGAAUGGGAGUAUAGGAUGAAGUUGAGGCAACGUGGCAAGCAGAAUGGUCGCGAUCAAUCGGCGGCGGUUUGGAGCGAAACGGUGCCGAUUUCGAUCACGAAGGAGGCGGUGAUGGGGCCGUUGGAGUCGUUCCUGCGGUCGAUCAAUUGCUUUCCGGAGCAGGAUCACGGGAGGCGCGGUGAAGGGGCGACGAGGGAGCGGAGGAAGAGGUCGAAGUUGGCGGCUUCGCCGCCGCCUGUCGGGGAUGGGGCGGGUGCGGAGGCGGGUUGUUCGUCGGCGUUCAGUUGGACGCCGUCGUUGUUGAACCAGAGGAGGCCGGCGAAGCCGCCGAGGGCGCCCUCUAACGACGGGUCGACGCCCGAAAGGGAGGAUCGUAAGGCUGGGAUUCACCGGCAUUCUUCUUGAAGUGUUUGUUCGAAAGGGGGUGUUUGAUUUUUCGUUUGGUUUGAGUGGGCGAAAUUAAAGUGGUCCGCGAAAGUUGAGGAAGGUUCGCAAAUUUUGCGAUUAUUUUGAAAGUUGCAGGCUUUUUGGUCGCCAAAUUUUCGAAUGUUCUUUCAUAUCUGAGUUGGUUUUUUUUUUGUUCCUAAACGCUACAAUUCAUACUAAAUUUGGCGAUCAAAACACCUGCAACUUUUAAAUUAACCUUAAUAUUUGUGAAGUUUCUUAACUUUUGUGGAGCAGUGUAUUUUGCGUUGAAUAAAUUUGGUGCGUUUUUGGGGGGUUUAGUAUUAUUUUUUUAUGUAAGAUGUUUAUUGAAUAAAAUUGAAAACGGGCUGCUAAUUGGAGCUAGUUGAUUUUCUGCUUUUGCUAGUUGCUAGUUAAUUUAGGAUAAUAAAAACUUUUGUUUCCAUUAAUAUUAUUAAAUCGUCUCUUUUUUUUAUUUGAUAUUUUCUACUUUUCGCUGUGAUGUGUCUACUUUUAAGUAUAUGAAAUAAACAUUUUCGAAACAUUUUUGUGGUUUCUUAAUUAAUUACCUAAAUUAAAACUUUGUUAGAUAAUAUUUUAAAAGAAUAUUGGAAUCUUGAUAAGCGUUAAAAAUGGUUAUAAUAAUUCGAUUUUUAUAAAUAACUCGACUUAAUUCACGUCGAACUGUUAAUUGGUAUUCAAAACAUUUUUUUUAAAUUCUAUUAAAACCAUUUACUAGUUUCAUGCAAAUGUUCUUAUAUCACUUGGAUGUUUAAAAAAAAUAAUAUUAAAAUGUACGAAUUAUAGGGCGGUUAAUUAAAAUUAAUACAACUCGAAAUAGUAAUUUGUAAGUACAAAUCUAAGUUGUCAAUAAAACAUUCAAAUUACCAUUCUCUGAUUAUUAUUAUAUUUCUAUUUAACCCCCUAUACAGGGUGUCCCAAUGAAGUAGCAACUUUAGAAAACAUUCAAAAUGGCGCCUAACUGUCAUUUUGAAAGUUUCAAC